AUGGAAAGCUUUUAUCGACUUCCAUUCAACUUUGUUCAAUGUCCAAAUCUAAAAUUAAAGAAACCAUCAUGGAUCCGAAAACCGUCCAAUACAACCGUUCUAUUUGGUCUGCUCGUUUCUUACUUCUUGGUCACAGCCGGUGUUAUUUAUGACAUUAUUGUUGAACCUCCAAGCGUUGGCAGCACAACUGAUGAAUAUGGCCAUCACAAGCCCGUAGCUUUCAUGCCAUGGCGUAUCAAUGGGCAAUAUAUCAUGGAAGGUCUCGCUGCUGCAUUCAUGUUCACAUUAGGUGGUCUUGGCUUUAUUCUACUCGAUCAAACAAACAAACCAAAUAUGCCACGCCUCAACCGAGUACUGAUGAUUCUUUGCUCAUUUAUUUUUAUCCUUGUUGCAUAUGGUGCGACUAAAAUCUUCAUUCGCAUUAAAAUGCCCAGCUACUUGAGUUAG